ACCGAUAACCCCACUAGGCCUCGUUUCACAUCACCGGAAUUAAAUAUUUAGCGAAUUAUGAGCCUUAAUUACGAACAAAAUGUUGCAGACGAGCAAUUCGCAAGGACGCACAAGGAGGUCAGCCUGUCGGACGAUGAGAGUGAAAGUGCAGAUACCUCAUUACCGCCCGCCCCGAAGCCAUCCACAGACGAUCCCGGCCAGGAGUUGGACGAGGAGCCGGCCGCCAAAAAAGCUCGCAGCACGGAUGACGGUGGCGUCGCGUCUAAAAUCGAAACGGAAGAGGAGGACGGAGCCGCGGGUGGAGCGGCCAACACACAUGUGGUGGCCAACCACUACAACGAGUUAAAGGAAGCUGGACGCAAGGACCGGCAGAAGUCGAAGAUAUUCUUCAUGCGGAACUUCAACAACUGGAUCAAGAGCCAGCUGAUCAACGAGUACAUGUCGCAGCUGAAGCAGCAGAUGCGAGUGGGCGACGCUCUCAGGGUGCUGGACAUGUGCUGCGGCAAGGGCGGAGAUCUCCUUAAGUGGGAGAAGGCCGCCAUUUCGCAUCUCAUCUGCACUGAUAUCGCCGAGGUGUCCGUGGAGCAGUGCCAGCGACGUUACCAGGACAUCCUGCACCGCGCUGAAAAGUCCAAGUUCGCCAACAAGUUUACGGCCGAGUUCUUUGCCUGUGACUCUACCUUGGUGCGACUCCGCGAACGCUACAAGGAUCCCUCGCUGCAUCUAAAUCUUGUGUCUUGUCAGUUCGCCUUCCAUUACUGCUUCGAGUCACUAGCCCAGGCGGAUUGCAUGAUGCGCAAUGCGGCCGAGUGCCUCAAGCCGGGCGGCUACUUCAUAGCCACCAUUCCGGAUGCCUAUGAGAUCAUUCGUCGGUUGAAGGCAGCCGGCCCUGAUGCCCGUGGCUUUGGCAACGAUGUGUACAACAUUGAGUUUGACUGCGCAACAGAUCCCCUUCCCAUAUUUGGAGCAAAGUAUCAGUUUCACCUGGAGGGUGUCGUCGAUUGUCCCGAGUUUCUGGUGCAUUUCCCCACUCUGGUCAAGUUGGGCAGGAAGUACGGCUUGCAGCUGUUGCGGCGCUCAACUUUCGCGGAUUAUUAUAAGGAGACUCUGCCCCAUGGUCGACAACUACUGCAGCGGAUGUCUGGCUUAGAGACGGUUCAAGCCCAGCGUUGUGCCGAUGACGAACAAUUUGCCCAUGUGCGCAACUUUCAGGGGUCCCAGCGUGGCCGUCCAUUGGGAACACUCUCCAAAUCAGAAUGGGAAGCUACAACUCUUUAUUUGGUUUGUGCCUUCAAGAAAUGUAAAAACACCUGGGAUACCAAUGGUAAACCGUUGUUUGAGUUCGACGACUGAAUAGUGAUCUAUGCCAAAAUUUUAGUUUUUCUUUUACACCUUUGCACCACUAUUUAAGAGAUUUAAACUCGAAAGGAUGAACAGAUGAUUGUAUUCCUAAGCCCAAUAGAUUGCAUGUUAUACAAUUUAGUUUGUAAGAUACAACUUAACAAUAAUAGGGAUUUUAAAAGCUUUUGCAAUUCA